AAAUAUAUUUAAGCAAUGUUGGCUGCAACUGAUUCAAAACAAUAGAAAUCACUUAUAUUCAAAAUCUAUCAGUGGAAGAUUUAUGUGGUUUAGUUGGCAUCUCAUGAUUUUGGGAUUUCAUUUGGCUUUCUGUAUUCAGGUUCCACUUUCAAUGUGUGCAUGUUUUUUGUGUGUGUGCAGGUUGCAUACUGCUGUUCUCAAAAUGACAUCACAGCUUAAAUUCUGCUCUCGGAGAUCUCCAGUGGUUUGCACCAAUGGUUGCGUUGCAUCAAGCCAGCCUCUUGCAACAAACAUUGGCCUUGAUAUUUUAAAGAAAGGCGGCAAUGCUGCAGAUGCUGCUGUGGCUGUGGCAGCUGUUUUAAAUGCUACUGAACCAUGCAGCACUGGUCUAGGUGGAGACUGUUUCUGCCUCUACUAUAAUGCUAGGACCAAGAAGGUCCAUGGUCUCAAUGGAAGUGGUCGAUCUCCAUGCUCCCUAAGCCUUGAACUACUGAAAGAACAUGGCUUCAGCGAGGAGAAUGCUCCACCUCUGCUGCAUGCAUAUAAUGUCACUGUACCGGGUGCUGCAGCUGGCUGGUGUGAUACAGUCUCACUAUAUGGCAGCAAAAAGCUUUCCAUGCAGCAAAUUCUUCAGCCAGCAAUAGAAAUGGCUGAGAAGGGCUUUCCAGUCUCAGAGAUUACUUCUUACCAAUGGAAGCAUAAUAUCCAUGCCCUUCAGACUCCUGGAAACCAACAUGGGAAGGACCUGCUGAUUGAUGGUCAAGCACCUGAUCAUGGACAAGUUUUUCAGAAUCCAUUUUUGGCAAACACUUUUAAGGAACUGGCAAAUUGUGGCAAACAAGGCUUCUACGAAGGCCGUGUGGCCAAAGCGGUUGUUGAUGUUAUUCAGCGCAAUGGUGGAGUAAUGGUUUUAGAAGAUCUGAAAAGCCAUGCCACUGAAGAAGUCGAACCAGUUGUCACAAAUUACAAGGGUCUGAAUAUCUGGGAAAUCCCUCCAAAUGGACAAGGAAUCACAACUCUGUUAGCCCUUAACGUUUUAGAAAAUUUCAACCUGAAAGAAAUGGGUCAUAACACUGCUCAGUAUUUACAUGCUCUGACUGAAGCACUCAAAGUCAGCUUUGCUGAUACUUGGUGGUUCUGCGCAGAUCCAGAACAAACAUCAGUACCUACAACAAAGCUCCUUUCAAAAUCUUAUGCCAGAGAUCGUUCAAAGCUAAUCGAUUUGCAGAGAGCAACUGCAAAACAUAGUCAUGGAAAUCCUUUCCUUGUUGAAAGUGAUACUGUUUACUUCACAGUAGUGGACACCCAAGGCAAUGCCUGUUCUUUCAUUAACAGCAACUAUAUGGGAUUUGGCACCGGGCUGGUGCCGGAGGGUUGUGGAUUUACAUUACAAAACAGAGGAGCCAAUUUUUCACUACUGCCUGAUCACCCAAACUGCCUGGCACCCAGGAAGCGGCCAUUCCACACAAUUAUACCUGCUCUGGCUACUGCUGCAGAUUCAGGGGAACUUCUGUGCUCCUUUGGAGUAAUGGGGGGAUUUAUGCAACCACAAGGACAGGUGCAGGUGCUAUUAAACAUGUUGGAAUUUGGGAUGAAUCCACAAGAGGCUUUGGAUGCUGCUCGUUUUUGUGUGAAACACAGCAAGAAAUCUGAUGCAUGGCAUGUGUUCCUGGAAGACGGCAUCCCUCCAUGUAUUGCUGAAGCACUGAAAGCCAUGGGUCAUACUGUCAUGUUUCCUGUAACUGGGCACGACAGAAGCAUAUUUGGACGAGGACAAAUUAUCACCAAAGGAGACUGGUGGAGGCAGACAAAGCUGGCUUCGUCCAGAAAUGUCUUCUGGGCUGGCUCUGAUCCUCGAGCCGAUGGUUGUGCUAUGGGAUACUAGUGUUAAAGAAAGAACUGCUUGUGCGUGUUAAGGGCUAAAUAUCAAAUCAAAAGAACAAAAUGUUAGAAAGAAUGGCUCAGACUCAGUCUGAUCUAUUGCCUUAGCUUGGUGAAAUCUCAGGUUCAGUCAUAGUUAUCUCCAGCUAUGACUUUUGAGAACAGCUCAGGUGUUGGCCAGGUUAGAACUGGGUGUGUAGAACCUCAGGGCCAGGGGCCAAAUCUGGCUCUCCUGGACUUUUCUAGAUGAUCAUCCAGAUGCUAAUCUUUUUUGGGUUUCCAGCUUUUGCUUAAAUGCUUAGAAUGCCUGUCCUAAUCAUUGGAAGUAAUGAAACUUUCAGCUAAAUUAUGUUGGUAUUUUGGCUCCCUCUAUGCUUUCAGCCUUAUCUACUGGAACAUGAUUGAUUUCUGAAAUAAACUUUAUGGCAUGUUUGGCUAAGAUCUAUUAGCAAAUAAAAAGGCUUUGAAAUGAAUGGCGCACUAUGGAUAUGAAGAUUUUGGUGACAAACAGUUUGC